CCAAUUCUAUCUCUUAACUAUAUAUAAAGCUUACAAUACAUCACUCCUAAUAAAGUUGUAAUAAAACUAAGUUCACUUGCAAACUUCAUAGAUUUCAUUCAAUUAUGGGUUCUCUUAUGGCAGGUUGGGGCUCUAUCAAAGACCCUAAAGCUGUUAAUUUAACAAGGAAUAAAUCACUGACCAAGGAUGAAAUUGAUGCCUUUUGGAAAUCCAAGAAACUCAAGGAGGAGGAACACCUCAGAGAUAUCUCUCUUCUCUCACCUCGAACACAGAAAAUGAUAUUUGAAGAAGCGGUUGAAAGCUGUGAGGGUGCAAAUGGUGAAGAAGCGGAAAGCGAGACAAGUCUGGAGAAACUAUUACAAAAGAAUGGCUGGUGGAUAAGCAGUAACUGGGCAUUUCUAAAUGAGCCUCCGGUUAUUCGACAAGAAGGAACCGGGCAUAAGUAUGUGUCACAGUUCCAUGUUGCUGAUGCGUCCGGUUCGACCGGACCGGUUUGAUGUGGCUGUAAAUUGAUCUAAUGUUUUAAGAGCUGUGAAAUUAUAUUUUGGGAUACCUUUACGUUAAAACUGAAGUAGAUUUUGAGUGCUUUUUUACUCUUACAAGUUUUCCUUUGUUUGUUUGGGUUGAAAUAUAGUAGUAGUAUGGAUAUGAAUAUAAAUAUAAUGUAUUUCAGUUAA